AUUUGCUAUUUUGACAGAUGACUGCCAAUGUCAAGGUACAAUGUAAUGAAUAUAAAUCAAAAUACGGUGUAAAUAUAAAGAAAUUGUGAAAAUUAUGCAAAAAUCAGAAUGAACAUGAAGCGAAAUACUCAGUUAUUCGAUUUAUAUUGGGAAGAUAUAUUAGUCUCAAAAGUUCUACCCCAUCUGACCCUACGAGAGUGCUUCAAUUUUCGUUGCGCAUCUAAGACUUGCUUACAAAUAAUUAAUAUAUACUUUUCUAAGCUAAAAUCCUUGAAAUUAAUGAAUAAGGGAUUUUCACCGCAUACCUUUAGCGUCUUCUCUCUAACGUGUACCAGGCUAAACGUUCUAAAUCUGAGUAAAUGUUUGACACUAACGGACUCUGAUCUCAUCCCUUUGCUGUUACGGAAUCCUGCCCUAGUGAAUUUGAACUUGAGCCAGUGUAAAAAUUUGACUGCUAAAUGUUUACAGCCUGUUAUAUUGUAUUGCAAUAAUUUAAGAAUACUGAAGCUCACAAGAUGUUCGUGGCUCACUACUGGUGCCAUGGAGGCGCUAGCAUUACACCAAAGUAAAUUAGAAGAUGUAGACCUAUCCUACUGCUUAUGUAUAUCGGAAAGUUGCAUUUUAAUAUUCAUAAAGAAGUUCAAACAUUUGAAAACUAUAAAUUUAGAAGGAAAUAAACAAGUUACAGAUAGAUGCCUGUAUGCUAUGUCUAAAUACAGCACUUCGCUGAGACUUCUGAAUUUGGGUGGUUGUUCAGAGAUCACAGAUAAAGGUGUUAGAUCUUUGGCACUGCACAGUAAGAAGCUAGAAGGGCUGAUUGUACGAGGGUGCACCAAGGUAACCGAGAAUAGUCUUCAGUUAAUGAGGAACAGGGUACACCUCGACAGAAGAGCAGCAGACCCUUUGCCACUGCCAAUUUAUGUUCAAAUUUAAAGACCCUUUUUAUAGGCAAAAUUGUGAUUAUAAUAGAUAGUUAAAAUGUGUUGUGAAAGUAUUAAGUCAACUCUGAUUUAUUGAAUGUUGAAUUUGUAAAGUGUAACUUUGAAAAUUUGUCAUAUUGUGAUAUUAAUUUAUCCUAAGCAUACAUUAUUUUAUUUAUUUAUUUUCUAUCUUAUUAUAUUUAAUUUAUUAUAAAUUAGUUAUAUAAAAGGCUGUUAAUAUA